UUAACGAGUUGGCAAGUGGACCACGAGGGUGAAUAUACGGCACGGAGUGCGUCAACUGGGGUAGAGAUUUCUGGCUUGAUGUACCACGACAACCGGCACUUGUCUGUCUCUUCGUUCUGAUUUUAACACUGCUGAUUUUUGCUUUGAAGAAUACAUUAUGCCAUCUGUUACCGGACGUAUCGAAGAGGUAAAUAUGACAGAGAACACAGGAAAAUUACCUUGUCCUCAUCUGAGAGAGAAAAGCGAUGAAACACCACACAUAGAGGAAAAGAAGGAAAAAGAAAUCAAAGAGCAGGCCACUCAACUGGACGAAACAGGAACAAAGGAUGGUACAAUUGUACAAACUGGAACAGUCAACUUACACUUUCUGAUUCCUGGAUCAAGUGAACCAAUCACAGCCACAUUUUCCUUACAAGACAAUGUUCAAGACCUCAGACAAAUUGUUCUUGAUCGACCAGAGAGCUGUUAUAGGACUUGCUUCUCACUUCAAAUAGAUGGUGUACGACUAGAUGAUUUUGCUGAACUGAACAUGAUUGAAGGCCUAAAGGAUGAAGCUACAAUAAAGGUUGUAGAAGAACCAUAUUCUGUAAGAGAAGCCCGCAUACAUCUGCGACGAAUCAAAGAUCUCCUCAGCACCAAUUUUCAUGUCAAUGCCUAUUCUGCAAUAGACCAUCUUUCUUUAUCCUUCCUGUCUGCAGUAGCUGGUGUUGAUGUAGAAGAGGAAGUUUUACGUGUUAAGGGACAAAAUGUGGGUACUGUUUCUACAGAGGAAUGUCUACCUCCCACUCAUGUGUUUGCAUCAGAUGAAAUUCCUUGUCUAAUGGAACCUUUGUUCCCAUCCAAUGCAGAACCAAAGCUUCCACAAUGUUUGAAGCAGUUAUCUCCAAGUGCAUGGAACCCUCCUCCUGGGAAUAGACGACUUGCAGGGGACCUCCUAUAUAUUGAUGUGGUUACUUUAGAAGAUGUUCAAGUGAACAUUACUGCUUCCACAGGUGGAUUUUUUGUGAACAGAACACAUGAUGGAGUAUUUAAUACUCAACCUCAUAGUGAGCCAUGUCGUUCACAUACACUUGUAGGACUUUUAAACCAGUUAAGUCCUAUGUUUAGGAAGAACUUUGCCCUUUUGCAGAAGACAAGCUUAAAAAGACAUCCUCUUGAAGUCAUUCCAACUCCUUUUCAAGUGUUUCCUUGGGCUGUUCCUCAGACAGAACAUACCAGUGACACUCUUAGGGCAGAAGAUGCCGCUGCAGUUCGCAUUGGAUAUGAAGAACACAUGCCUGGACAGCUUCGUGACUGGAAUGAAGAACUCCAGUCUGCUAGGGAAUUGCCAAAGGAAACCAUGCAACAGCGUCUUCUAAGAGACAGGGCAAUUUUUAAGAUCACAAGUGAUUUUGUUUCUGCUGCAACCAGAGGUGCAAUGGCUGUUGUUGAUGGUAAUGUCAUGGCAAUAAACCCAGGAGAAGAUGAGAAGAAAAGGAUGUUCAUCUGGAACAACAUUUUCUUCAGUUAUGCAUUUGAUAGCAGAGACCAUUUUGAGGCUGUAGGAGGUGAUGAGGCUGCAUAUGCUGCUGCUGGAGGAGAUCUCAGAGGAGUUAUGGCAUAUAACAGAUUGGACACACAGGGUCUCUUCACUCUUAGCACAGUUAUAGUAGAUUACCGUGGCUACAGGGUCAUUGGUCAGUCCAUCAUCCCAGGAAUUCUCCAGCGUGAACAGGAGCAGUCAGUUAUUUAUGGUUCAGUGGACUCAGGGAAAAAUGUCUCAAGUCAUGGGAAGUUUUUGGAGCUGCUUCACAAUGCUGGCAAGUCUAUUCGGAUAAGACCUCACAAGGUUCUAAACUCAGAUGGUGAGGAGGUUGAACUUUGUUCUUCAGUGGAAUGUAAAGGCAUCAUAGGGUCUGAUGGGCGACAUUAUAUAUUGGAUCUGUUCAGAACUUUUCCACCAGAUGCUAACUUUUUGGGAGAGAGAAAACAAAGCUGUGAUAAUGAAGAUGAAAAAGGGAACAAGUUCAUGUUUCCUCGUCCAUAUAAGCACAAACUUUGUUGUUUGAGACCGGAGCUUAUUGAGGGAUUUGUUGCGUUGCGUUAUGUGCUUUUCCUGAAGUUGGUUGCCAUGCAUGUGUCAGCUGCUAAACAGAAGGAAAUGCAGAACAAGAAUGAUGAAAAACCUGUGGAUGAUGUAGAAGGUGAGAAGAUUGAGUGUCCAUACAAGAAUAAACAAAUCAGUGAAGGAAAUGUUGAGGGUGGAAGCAAAUUAGAAGACACUGUGAAAGAGGCAGAGGAGAGUACAUCUAUAUCAUCUGACAAUUCCACAGAUGCAGGUGACAUUUCAUCAGAUGCAAUUAAAUCAGCCUCCAAAGCUGUUGGUUCAAUUAGUGAAUCAGAGUUUGAUGUAAGAUUUAACCCUGACAUCUACGCACCUGGAAUAAAGCAUGCACCUUCUGAGGAGGCGGCAUUGUCAUGUGACAAGCUAUUAGUACAGGAUGCAUCUGACUUUUUAGCAGAAACAGUCAUUAUAAAAAUGGUGGAAGAUUUUAUAAGUUUAUCCCAGACACCACUUGAUGGCUCACAGUUAUCAGAGAUUAUGCACAGUAGGGGCAUAAACAUGAGGUACUUAGGUAAAGUUGCAUCGAUUUUGGCUCUGCGGGCAGAUCUUGAACAUGUAUAUAAAAUUGCAAUAAUGGAAAUGAUCACCAGGACUGUGAAGCAACUGUUUAAACUGCACAUGCAAAGUGCAAAUUUGAGGACACUUUCAGUUGCAGUUAGUCACUUUUUGAAUUGCUACCUGGGUGUAUAUCCCAAUCCUCAGCCUCAUCUCCCAGCUGAAGAGGUUAUAAACAAGAAGAAAAAGAGUAAAAGGAAACCACUGAAAACAUCAGUAAAUGGAGCAUCCACUGUAGCCUGGGCAACACUUACUCCAGAGGAACUUUGGAAAUCAAUAGUUGAUGACACAGAAAAGCAAUUUGGAUUUGAGCUUAAAUGCAAAAACAGUGAUGAAGUUCUCCUGUCAUACCGCAUACACAGAAUUUCCCUGCUGAGGUUACUCUGCUUAAAAACAGGUGUCCAGAUAUUAUUGCGAGAUUAUGAUUUUGAGAGCAGGAAACACCCAACUUUCACAGAGGAUGACAUAAUGAAUUUGUUUCCGAUAGUAAAACACACCAAUCCAAAGGCAUAUGAUGCAUCAGCAAUAUUUGAAGCAGCCCAAGGCCGCCUUCAAGGAGGUCUUCUUGGUGAAGCACAUGAACUCAUGGUAGAAGCUCUCAAUCUUUUCCAUCAAGUGUAUGGUCCAUUACAUGCUGAUAUUGCUACUUGCUACAGGGCAAUUGCAAGGCUUCAUUACUUGGCUGAAGAUGCUGUUCAGGCUGUCAGUUAUCAGAAGAAGGCUGUGAUAGUUUGUGAGAGAGUAUUUGGUGUGGAUCAUCCAGACACAGUUAUUGCCUAUGUCCACUUGGCUCUGUAUUGUCACAAUGCAGGACUGGCAUCAGUGGCAUUGAAGCUGAUGUAUCGUGCAAGACACCUGGCAGUGUUGGUGUAUGGAGAAGGACAUCCUGAUAUGGCUACCUUUGAUAGCAACAUUGGGCUCAUCCUACAUGGACAGCGGGAGUUCAAGAUAUCUGAAAAAUUUCUUGAGAAAGCUCUUGAUGUACAACUGAAGUACCAUGGCCCAGAAAGUGUUCAUACAGCAAUGAGCUAUCACCUGGUUGCAAGAGCAAAGGCCUGUGUGAAUGAUUACAGAGCAGCACUCACUGCAGAAAAGACUGCUUUUGCUAUUUACAACAGCAAGUUUGGUGAAGCAGACAGUCGCACUAAGGAGAGCUUGGAAUAUCUCAAGCACUGCACACAGCAGGCUGUUCUUAUACAGAAAAAGUUAAAUGAAAUCUCAGGAAGAGGAACAGCUAAAGAUGGAGAUAACAAAAGAUCUUCAGGGAUCCCUGUGUUGCCACCUGAUGAUGAAAACAUCUCACAGCUGAUGGGAAUAAUAUCUGGUCUCCAGGGGGUUCCUUCCUCUGGGACUUCUCCCAUAAAGGAUACAUCUGCAGAAGUGAAAAAAAUAGCCCAGAAUGACACAGCUCAGGAUGUGCUCAGUAGCAACCAAGCUGCAGUUUUGGAGAUGGAUUAAACAAGCACAUUUGUUUGUGUCUUGAUUUUAACUUAAUGCAAGCUAGAGUUUCACCCAUGUUUGCACCAAACGUGCAACAACUGCUUAAAGGCUCCCUGUUUUGUUACUGAAUUAUGUUGGACAUGUUUUUUAAAAUGCAUUUGUUGAUGGGAAAGUAGAAUUUUGUCAUUUACCAGUUAAUCAAUGAAGGUUUUGAAGGCAGUCCCAGUCCAAACAUAUUUAGACAGCCCUUGCUUGAACCUUUGAAAGUUCACAAUUUUAUGUGAAAUGAAAGGGUGCACUUGGUAAAGUGUUAUAUUACUGCAAUUAUUAUUUCUUUUGUAACUGAACAUGUCUAUUAGUUACAGAAUUAAGGGAAUUCUUAGUCCUUUAAUCAAUUUUUAUUGUUUCUGGAAAUGGUUGUCAAAAUAUUUGAUGACAGACAAUGGACACAUAUAGUUUUGAACUUGUUUGAUAGUGAAAUUUUCAACCUUGAACAAUGUGAUUGCUCUUUUUUUUUUUUGAUCAAUGUGGUCAGAACAUGAUCCAUUCCCUCUUGACAAUUAUUGAUGACACUUUCCAGUGUUCUAUUUAUUGUGGUUCAUCUCCUGAGCUUUCUUACACUUCAUGUUGCAGUGAAUUCACUUUCAUGUUCCAAAAAUUGUUUAUACACAGCCAAUAUUUGGUUUAACCUUCUAGCUCUCACGUCUGAUCAAUGUGUAACUUCUUGUUACAAUGUCAAUACAUCAUUCAGGGAGCAGAUGAUAAGAAUAGAAGAAAUCACCAUCAUUACUUGGGUAGUGGGAGUUCAAGCACUGACAAAUUCUCUCUGAAUUGUUGGUUAACUUCUUGUGCUGUGUAUAAAUGCCAGGAGCCACCUUUUCAGACUUUUAAUUGUUUUGUCAGCUCACACACUUUAACACUGUUUCAAAACUUUGCAACAAUUUGUUGCUCUUCUAAUAUGAUCCUUUGUUGUCACUGACUUGUGUAGUGUGAAUCAAGACUCUUUUAUAAUGAAGGUAACUAAGUGCUUAUUGUAAUGAUUAUAAAAUAAUUGGGUUUUAAAAUAUUUAUUUAAUGUUAAGAUCUUUUUGGUUGACUUCUUACUUGAAUUUGCUUGUUGAGUGGUUGUUGAUGUGGUCAGAAAGGUUCAGUUUGAAUGACUCGUCAUUACAAGCAUAUUUUACAAUGUGGAAAAGAUACAUCAACCAAUUUUGAUCCAAAUUGAAAACUCAUCUAACAACCAGAUUUAACAAUGAAUUAGAGUGCUUGACAGGGAAUAAAAAAACAAUUCUGUUUA